AUGACCCUCAUGGCCGUGGCAGCGGACUCUGCCCAACCCGACGCCCAGAUCACCCCGGGAGCCAUGGCAGACCAGGACCCUAACAUGCGCCGUCGGAGUAGCAUGAAGCAUCGCCAAUUCGGUAUUUAUGCUUCGAGGCGGACCCAUCCGAAACCCAUCUCAACUUCUGACGUUCCAGAGCGUCCCGAAUCCGGCUUCUCAGCAGCCCACCCACAACCCUUGCCCACCUCUCCUCCGCGCUGGGACUCGCUCGCCAACAGCUCCAGCAAUUUUGUAAUGCAACAAAACUCCAUCGACUCCCAGGUGCAGCCGCUCUCUCCAAGACGUCCUGCCUAUGAUUCCGACCGUCCCUACCCCUCCUCCCCUACUUUCCGCUCGCUGGCCCCGAGUCCAAGCCAUGAUCUCGAAGACGACCUGAGUGCCGACGAAUGGACCAGCAGAGCCGUCGCCCGCUCGAUUAGAUCCCCGAUACCCUACGACGACGACGACGAACGUUCCUCGAUAGACACUAUGCAGAUCGACAACUUCUCCCGCCCGAGACGGCCCAGCAUCAAGCAACCCCUGCAAGAGUCCUACCGCUCACGAGCCAACCAGUCGCCUUCAGAGCCACGUUCUGAUCCCAAUUCGCAUCAAAACGUGUGGCCGCGGCCACGGGGUCAGUCGGGAUCCUCUGCAAGGUCGGCCUCGACGUUUGCCUCGAUGCCGGCUGCCGGAGGCGACCAGUACGAACCCCGCGCUCCGUCUCGUUUACGAAGUGCUCCGCCUCCUUCAGGUCUUGCUCGUCCUCCACUGGCAUACUCUGGCCGCGUCGAUAGCUCGAGCUCUGGUCUGUCGGCACACACGCGUGAGGCGCCCUGGAUGAGCGGAGAAGACGAGAUGAGAUCCAGUUAUCGGUCUCAAAUGACUGCGUCGAGUGCACAGGGAACGUACGUGACGGAAAGAAGCAGUGUUCUCACCAAGAAUAGCUCAAUCCCAUCGCUGUACGCUAACGGGGAGGAGCUUAGUGUCGAAGACGUGAUGGGUAUGUACGAGAAGGGCUUUCGAGACGACUCAAGCCCCGAAGACAACGACGACGUUCGUCCGGUCCCGGCCGCCGAGAUCAACAAGCGCAACACGAGAAUGCUGGAAGCGCUCAGCGAACCACGACCGGCACAAGCCAAUUCUUUGGCCAUCCCUGCCCCUGACACGAUUGUCCGUGAGUCCACGGCCAUGUUCAGGAUCUCUGGAUACCCAGCCUCUCUGCCAAAAGAGGUUGGCCUGCUCGACUACGAUCAGAAGGAGGACGACAAAGACGAGAAGGACAAGCGGGACUCUGCAAAGUCCCUUCAAAAUGAAACGCCAGCCACAUCACCACAGAUAGGCAGUACUUCGGCCUCGUCUGUUCAGACGGCUGUGGAGCCCGAGCCCGUCGAAAUAGAAGAGCCAGGAUCGCGAGAUCGGUACGGCUUCAAGAAGGCCAAUCAGUACAUCACCAAACAGCAGUACGACACCUGGAACAAGGGUUACUCCGAAUACCUCGAUCGGCGCCGGAAGAAGUGGGUAGCGUUCCUGCGAGAAAACGAGCUCAUGACGAGCAGUCCUGAGCGUUUUCCUCCCCACAGUGCCAAGGCCAAACGAUUUGUCCGGAAAGGGAUUCCUCCCGAGUGGAGAGGGGCGGCCUGGUUCUACUACGCGGGGGGGCCUGCCAUUCUCGCAAAGCACGCGGGCCUCUAUGAUACAUUGCUGAAGAAGAAGGCCAAAGAUGUCGAUGUCGAAGCCAUUGAGCGAGACCUCCACCGCACGUUUCCCGAUAACGUCAAGUUCAAGCCGGCAAGCAUGGCCUCGAAACCCAACACGGAACCCGCACGAGACGGGCAGUCAGCGGGGGACGAGAACGGUGACAAAAAUGAACCUGAAAUCAUCUCGUCCCUCAGACGAGUGCUGCACGCCUUUGCCAUUUACAACCCGCGCAUCGGUUACUGCCAGAGCCUCAACUUCUUGGCGGGCUUACUGCUCUUGUUUAUGGACUCGGAAGAGAAGGCGUUUUGGCUUCUGAACGUUAUCACCCGUGUAUACUUGCCUGGCACGCACGAAAUGAGCUUAGAAGGUUCCAAGGUGGACCUUGGUGUCCUGAUGAACGCCAUCAGGGAGUCUAUGCCCGCCGUCUGGGCCAAGAUCGGCGAUGACAUGGAAGGUGACCCGAAUGCGGCGCGGCCAGCGAAACCUGUGAAGAAGCCGAGGUCGAGGAGAAAAAACCAACCUAGUAUUUCCUCCAACCGACUCCCACCCAUCACGCUCUGUAUGACAGCCUGGUUUAUGAGCUGCUUCAUUGGUACUCUACCCAUCGAGAGUACCCUUCGUGUUUGGGAUGUAAUAUUCUACGAAGGAUCCAAGACAUUGUUCCGGAUCGCCUUGGCCAUAUUCAAGUUGGGCGAGAACGAGGUUCGGUCCAUCACGGACCCCAUGGAGAUGUUUUCCGUCAUCCAGGCCAUGCCUCGCCGGCUGUUGGACGCGAACGCCCUUAUGGAAGCCUGCUUCAAGCGUCGCAACGGAUUCGGCCAUCUCAGCCAAGUCACGAUCGACCACCAGCGGGAAGAGAGGCGUGUCAAGGUCCAGACGGAACACCAGAGAGCCGCGACGUACGCCGCUGGCACGGUGGACAGCGGCAAUGCUACUGAGGCGGAAGGGGAGGUUCGUAGAAAGGGCACCCUCUUUGGACGUAGGAUGUUGGGCAGAUCGGCAGAGGUGAUGUGA